GGGUUCCGGGAGCCGUGCCUGGUGGAGUUCCCGGUGGAGUUCCCGGCGGGGUCUAUUAUCCAGGUAUCGGAGGCCUGGGAGGAGGAGGAGCUCUGGGACCUGGAGGAAAACCACCUAAGCCAGGUGCUGGGCUUCUGGGGGCAUUCGGAGCAGGCCCUGGAGGACUUGCAGGUGCUGGCCCUGGGGCAGGUCUCGGAGCCUUUCCUGGAGGUGCCUACCCAGGGGCAGGUGCUCUGGUGCCCGGAGGAGCAGCAGGGGCUGCUGCCGCUUAUAAAGCUGCUGCCAAAGCUGGAGCCGGGCUUGGUGGAGUCGGGGGAGUUCCUGGUGGUGUCGGAGUCGGCGGAGUCCCUGGUGGUGUCGGAGUCGGCGGAGUCCCUGGUGGUGUCGGAGUCGGCGGAGUCCCUGGUGGUGUCGGAGUUGGUGGAGUCCCUGGUGGUGUCGGAGUUGGUGGAGUCCCUGGUGGUGUUGGUGGUAUUGGUGGCAUUGGUGGCCUAGGAGUAUCAACAGGUGCUGUGGUUCCUCAGGUUGGAGCUGGAGUCGGAGCCGGAGCAAAGCCUGGAAAAGUUCCUGGGGUUGGCCUUCCAGGUGUGUACCCUGGCGGAGUGCUCCCCGGCACAGGAGCUCGGUUCCCUGGUGUGGGUGUGCUCCCUGGAGUUCCCACUGGCACAGGAGUUAAGGCCAAGAUUGCAGGUGGAGGUGGUGCUUUUGGUGGAAUCCCAGGGGUCGGGCCCUUUGGGGGCCAGCAGCCUGGCGUCCCGCUGGGCUACCCCAUUAAAGCACCGAAGCUGCCAGGUGGCUACGGACUACCAUAUACCAACGGGAAGUUGCCCUAUGGUGUGGCUGGUGCAGGCGGCAAGGCCGGCUACCCUACGGGGACAGGAGUUGGAUCCCAGGCGGCAGCGGCAGCUAAGGCAGCAAAGUACGGUGCUGGAGGAGCUGGAGUCCUCCCUGGUGUUGGAGGGGCUGGCAUUCCUGGUGGUGCUGGUGCAAUUCCUGGGAUUGGAGGCAUUGCAGGUGCUGGGACUCCUGCAGCAGCUGCUGCUGCCAAGGCUGCCGCCAAGGCUGCUAAGUAUGGAGCUGUGCCUGGUGGACCCGGAGUUAGAGUCCCAGGUGCUGGAAUCCCAGGUGUUGGGGUCCCAGGUGUUGGUGGUAUUCCAGGUGUUGGAGGCAUCCCAGGUGUUGGGGGCAUCCCAGGUGUUGGGGGCAUCCCAGGUGUUGGGGGCAUCCCAGGUGUUGGGGGCAUCCCAGGUGUUGGAGGCCCUGGUAUCGGAGUUCCAGGCAUUGCAGGUGGACCAGGGGCUGUGUCACCAGCUGCAGCUGCUAAAGCAGCGGCCAAAGCUGCCAAAUACGGAGCCAGGGGUGGAGUUGGCAUUCCAACAUAUGGCGUUGGUGCUGGGGGCUUUCCUGGCUAUGGAGUUGGAGCCGGAGCCGGACUUGGAGCCGGACUUGGAGCCGGACUCGGAGGUGCAAGCCAAGCAGCGGCUGCUGCUGCCGCCAAAGCUGCCAAAUAUGGUGCUGGAGGAGCUGGAGCCCUGGGAGGCCUUGUGCCAGGUGCAGUGCCAGGUGCAGUGCCAGGAGCAAUACCAGGUGUGCCAGGUGGAGUGCCAGGAGCAGGAACCCCUGCAGCUGCUGCCGCCGCCGCCAAAGCAGCUGCCAAAGCAGCCCAGUAUGGUUUGGUCCCUGGUGUUGGUGGGGUUCCUGGUGGAGUUGGUGUUGGUGGGGUUCCCGGCGGAGUUGGCCCUGGUGGUGUUACUGGUAUUGGAGCUGGUCCUGGCACUGGCAUUGUACCUGGUGGUAUUGGAGGAGCAGGGACGCCAGCUGCGGCCAAAUCUGCUGCUAAGGCAGCCGCCAAAGCCCAGUACAGGGCUGCGGCCGGGCUUGGGGCCGGUGUCCCCGGAUUUGGAGUUGGGGCUGGUGUCCCCGGAUUUGGGGCUGGUGCUGGUGUCCCAGGAUUUGGGGCUGGUGCUGGUGUCCCAGGAUUUGGGGCUGGAGCAG